AUGUUUAACGGAAAUCCACACGACGUUUCUUUGAUUUACCAGGUUAUCAAUCAUGGAAUCUCGCUUAAUGAAAUGAAGGAAACAAUGAGGGUUUUCAAAGAGGUUUUUCAGAUGCCACAUGAGUACAAGUAUAGUUUAUAUCUUGAUGAUGAUUUGAAGACAUGUAAGAUAUUUACUAGCAGUCUGAGAUACGAAACAGAAAAGGUUCAUCUGUGGAGGGACAGUCUUAGACACCCUUCUCAUCCUUUGGAGCAAUGGCAACACUUAUGGUCUGAAAAUCCAACUACAUACAGAGAAUGUGUUGGUAAUUUUUCAAUUAAAAUUAAGGAUUUGGGAUCGAGGAUCUUGGAUUUGAUUAGUGAAGGACUCGGUCUGAAGUGUGGAUAUUUUGAGAACGAUCUUACCGAAUCAAUGAUUAUAUCUGUUAAUCAUUAUCCACCAUGUCCUAAACCGAGUUUAACCCUAAGUCUAACCAAACACAAAGAUCCUUACCUCAUCACAAUUUUAAUGCAAGAUGAUGUAUCUGCCCUUCAACUAUUAAAGGAUGGAAAGUGGAUCACUUUUGAGCCUCUUCCUCAUGCAUUUGUCAUCAACAUAGGACAUCUGUUAGAGAUAAUCAGUAAAGGUAAGCUAAUAAGUGCUGAACAUCAAGCUGUGACUAAUUCAAGUCAUACUCGCACAAGUGCUGCUUUUUCCAUAGCUCCAUCAGAUGAUUGUCUCAUUGAGCCAGCACAAGAUAUCAGUGAUGAGAAUGAUCAUCCUAUUUUAAAGUCUUUCAAAUACAAGGAGUUUCUCAAGCAAUUCUUUAACUCACAUCACAUGGUGACACAGACUUGCUCCUAA